UCUCUGACAUUGUUUAGGAAAUUCGAAUCAUUGGGUACGAAAGUACUACCGAUUCUAUCCAAGUUAAGUCGUCAGAAACAUUCUCUCUUUUUAUUGUUAUGUAUCUUUGGUAUUUUUGAAAUAAAAUAACAGGUAAUAUUUUGGCGGGCACAAAUUGACCUUAUCUGCAUAUUUUAGGGAUGAAACGAGAGGAUCUUUAAAAUAACUGAUGUAGUAAUGGUUUUGCACGAAUCAGUAGAGGUACGAGUUACGGUUAUGGAAUCACGGAUAUUUCCGGUUCCACCACGUGCUGAGGUUGUUUGAUAACAAACGCGUUUAUUUUAAAUCCUUUGCAUACGUUGAAACAUGUAAACAUGGGUAAAUUGAGAAAACAAAGAAAGGGAAAGAAGUUCAACUAUGAUUUGAAUCGGAAGAAGGCAUGGAAAAAGUCAAAGAAAUUGCCAACCAUCCAAUGUUCUCAGAUAAAGAAUGCAUGGGAUUCCAGAAAGUCAAUGAGAAAAAACCUGGAAGAGAUGGGAAUUUCUGCAGAUCCUAACCAAACAUUAAAAAUUCCCAAGACAAAGGAUUUUUUAAAGAGCGAAGGAAGUGAACAAGAAGCUGACAGGAGAGAGAAACAGGUCCCUAAAUCACACCCAAAGAAAUAUGUUGUUCAAGAUCUGGAGGCAGAAGCUAAUGCACCUCUAGAGAAGACACUGAGGCUGUCAUCAGAAGAGGCCAAGUACUGUAUCUACAUGAUGGAGAAAUACGGGGAGGACUAUAAGGCUAUGGCAAGAGACAGACGAAAUUAUUUUCAAGACACUCCUAAACAGAUUAAAAAGAAAAUCCGAACUUUCAUGAACAUCCCAGAGCAGUACAAUGCGUAUCUGGCCAGCAAGGCCUCUACAUCAGAUGUGUGCGAAUCUUUCAACUAUUCACAUAUGAAGGAACUGAUAUUCAAUCAGCAUGUAACCAACGAACCACAGGUACUUGAACCAGGUAACCCCAGAGCUAAACCAGAUACAUGUGCACCCUUCAUUGAGCCAGGUUGCUUAGACUUGCCAGCAUCCUUGGACACUUUGGUGCAGAGCUGUGGACAGCGGAAUUUGACACCAGCAGAGUGUACCACUCCACCCUGCAAGCGGCUAUUCGAGAUGCCAAAGAUUUCCCGGAGAAUAACGAGGACAUACCGUGCCAAGCGACGAAACGGGCAUUAUCUUACUCCUACAUUUGGAGGGACACCGGUCAGGAACCCAAACGUGAAUUCCUACUUCAGAAGUGAAGUGCCUUUACACAAAGUAAGAAGAAAGCUGAGCUUUGGUCGAAAACCUCCUACUGAGAGGAAUCCCAACUCUGAAACAGCGGCUGAAGAAAAACCAACAACUGAGGUCCAGGGAAAGGAGAAAGUGAUCGAAGCCUCAGUGGAAGAUGAGGUUACAAAGCUAAUGGAAGAUGAGGGAAGUCAGGUCCUGCCACGUGCCAAAAGAAACAAGAAAAUGAUUAACAAGGCUACUAGGGAAUUAAGACACUUAAGUGACAUCAGCGACAUGCUGCCCACCCGCCUUAGAUCCUCCACCAAGUUCUGUAGUGAAUCUCAUAUGCAGGAUUUUACAUUUCACGGCUUGAGAGCAUAGAUCAUGCACCUGUACACACAUUUAAACAAUGAAAGUGUAGGUAUGACGGACACCAGCAUUGUAGGAAAAUUAAGUGAUGUGUGGAAGCACAUUACACAAAGUUUCCUGCAAUGCUGGAGACCAUCAUCUGCCCCAAUAAUAAAAAGACUGCACUUCAUUAACCAGACUUCAUCAACACAAAUUAAACGGACUGGUCUGCAGUAUACCUGUAAAAUCCACAUUAUUAAUAGCGAGAACACUCAACGGAACAGGAAAGUCUGGUGGUCACAUGAUAUUUUCAAUGGAGGAAAAGUCGUUAGUUUCUCUCUGUUGGGUCCUUGUGAUAAUUUUCCAAAAAUAUUUAAGAAAAUUUACAGCUACCUUUUAUUAAAAUACCCCCACAAACGAAGUUUUACAUUGAUAUCUAUGGGAAGAGCAUGUUUUAUUAAAAUAUUUUUAAAAGAAAUCAUAUUUUUAUACAAAACUCUUGGUGAAAUCUUCCAUUAACUUUGUUUUUAUGAAAACAUGAAACAGAAUUAAUCAUUUACCACACUUAUUUUUUAAACAGUUUUUUUCUUAUUUUUACCAAGGGUAAAUAACUCUUCCAAAAUGUCCGCCGGGGGUUGGGGGUUAGCUUUUAAUUAUUUGCCAGUCAUGUUAAUUUGACAUGUUUCACUUUUAUCAUUAUUUAACAAUAAACAUUUAUUUUGAUUUAAAUAAUUCGGAAAUUUUUCUAUCAUUGAAUACCUCAAAUGACAAACAAAAUAUUUUAGAUCAAGGAAAUUUGACGUAUUCUCUUAACGUUUUGGUAACAGACACGCUGCCCACUAUUAGUAUGAUUUGACAUUGUGUCAAGUACUGCCAACUGAUUUAUGGGUCUAUAGGACAAGAGUUAAUGAAGAAAAAAAAUAUAUUGAAUGUAAAUAUAGUAUUAUGCACAUGUGUGCAACUGUUAGACUUCUUGUGUUUUUCAAAAGUCAAAGUGCAUUUACGUGAGAAAAAUACUCAAGAUAUUAUCGAAAUUUAUACAUUUAUAAACACCUGCCUGAAAGAUGGCUCAUUUUUUUCUUACAGAGAAAAUCUAUUGUACAUUUUUGAAAAAUGUGAGUGUAUGUAAAUGCAUGUAUUUACCGAUGCAUGUAUGUGCAAGUUUUUAUUUGCCCAUCAUACACAAGUUCUGUAAUGGUGUAGUGCUGUGCGUCUGUCCAUCUCUGUUUCAGCACCCUGUGGGUCUGGUAAAAUCAGUACAUGCUCCCAAGGGUUUUUUUAAAACAAAAGAAUGGUUUAUUUGGAUAUUAACCCUUUCUUACAACUGCAUUUCUGAAUAUAUUGGACGGGCGGUUUUUGAAGCGUGAGCAUUUGCUCGUUUUAUAGAACUGUUUCUUACUAUAUUUACCGAAAAUGCGGUCUGAUAACUUUUAUAGUAAUGCCAUUCAUGUUUUACAGAUUUCUUUUCUAUAUUAAUAAGUGCAUGCAAGAUUUUUGGACAAUUUUGUGUUUUAUACCUUAAAAUUCUAAAGAGGUGUUCAUAAUAUUCAGAAAUCUACAGGUCUUGUUGAAUAAGCUACAACAAGAUUUGAUUGCUUAAAUAUGUGUACCUAAAGUUUUAUUUAGAGUGGGAUGUCAAUUUAGCAGGUUUAUUUUUCAGUUUGAAAUGAAUACCACUUUAAAUCGUGUUCUUUUUGCAUUUUUCAUGAUUGGUGCUUAAUCAUAGUGCAUUUCAUUUUUUUUGUUUAUAUGUACAUUAAUAUCACAAGCAUGAUAUAAAAGAUGCGUAAAUUUCAUUGGAAUGUUGUAUAUUUUCAUUCCCGAAUUGAUGGACAUGAUUUCCAUUGUUAAAUUUAUAUGGUAGAUUUUGUUGCCUUUUUCAUUUUUUUUUUGGAUGUUCCUGAAAGUGACAAGAAUUUUUAAUACAUUUGUUUAUUGUUGAACAUUGUUUUGAGUAGAAGAUGCAUGCUUUAUAGAAAGGCUAUAUUUCAGUUAAUAAAUAAUUACAUUGAA